AUUCUCAAGAAUUCUGAAGUGCUCCCUUCUCUCUCUUUCUCUUUUGCUCACUCUUGAUCUUUCUGUCUCUCUCUCCCUACCCCUAAACCAAAAAUACAGGAAUAGUUGUCUUAUUAUUAGUGACUUAAAUGAUGCUUUUGAACAAGAAGAUGCUGGAUACUUUUGGUGACUAGCACCAUCCCACUUUUUUUCUUUUAAAUUCCUGAGCUAUUGUUUACUAGUACAUUCUUUUAUUCCUAUUUCUACUAGAGCUGAAUGUUACUUGGGUGGAAAGCCUAAUUGCUUUCUUCUCUAGGUCCUUAAAGCCUUUGCUAAUGUUUCUGUCUGAGAGUUCCCAAAGCCAGGGUUCUAGGAGAGUUUGGCAUAUCUGAACAGCUGAACCACAGAAUAAUGGAGUAGGUCCGGCGGGGUGUGGGAGCAGGGCAUCCUGUCAAUAAAAGAGCUCCCCUCUCUGCACACAUGGCCAGUUAAUUGGCCAUUCUGGGAAAGUAUGGAUGGGGAGGGGGGCUUCUGAGAAUCGCUGGUGACAGUUAAGUGGCCUUUUGUUGACGUCCUCUGCUGAACAACUUUGUUGGAUUUAGCCUCUGCUUUUUCCUCUGCCUCCUGUGGAUUUUCUGUUAGGUUCAUUUACCAUUCAGGCAUCAUCUUUCAUUCUCCCCUUCCAAUAUGACUGCUUUGUGUCCUGGCCUUGGCUUUAUUCCUGCUCUUCCCAGACCAUAAAGGGGGCUGUGUGGGGUUUCGGCAGGAUCGAGAAAUUGACUCUGCUGUCUGUUGAGAACCAUAAUGAUUGCAGUAACCUUGGUGUCUAGCAGAGGAUGCGCUACCUGCGCCAGCCUGAUGGCGACCAGCUGAAGAUAGAGGUGCUGCGUUGUCUUGAGGCCUCCACCAUGCCUGGAUGUGAGGAAAGCCCCUGAAGCUCGCCUGAAGGAAGAAGCAUGCAGGGUACCCCCGGAGGAAGUGUGUGCCCUGGCCUGUCCCCUGUGGACAGGUGGACACUCCUGGUCUCCAGUUUUAUUAUGGUAGCAGCUUCGGGCCAAAUGAAUUUCACAGGAGACCAGGUUCUUCGAGUCUUGGCUAAAAAUGAGAAGCAGCUUUCAGUUCUCAGGGAUCUGGAGGGCCUGAAGCCCCAGAAGGUGGACUUCUGGCGUGGCCCGGCCAGGCCCAGCCUCCCUGUGGAUAUGAGAGUUCCUUUCUCUGCACUGAAAGACAUCAAAGCUUUCCUGGAGUCUCAUGGCCUUGCUUAUAGCAUCAUGAUAAAGGACAUCCAGGUGCUGCUGGACAAGGAGAGAGAAGCCAUGGCGAGGUCCCGCCGGUUGGAGCGCAGCACCAGUAGCUUCAGCUACUCCUCUUACCACACUCUGGAGGAGAUAUAUAGCUGGAUUGACAACUUUGUAACUGAGCAUUCAGAUAUUGUCUCAAAAAUUCGGAUUGGCCACAGCUUUGAAAAUCGGUCCAUUCUUGUUCUGAAGUUCAGCACUGGAGGUUCUCAGCGCCGGGCCAUCUGGAUCGACACCGGAAUCCACUCCCGGGAGUGGAUCACCCAUGCCACUGGCAUCUGGACAGCCAAGAAGAUUGUCAAUGAAUAUGGCAAAGACCACACCCUGACAAACAUACUGAAUGCCAUGGACAUCUUCAUGGAGAUUGUCACCAACCCUGAUGGGUUUGCAUUUACCCACAGCAUGAACCGCCUGUGGCGGAAGAACAAGUCUACUCGACCUGGAGUCUUCUGCAUUGGUGUGGAUCUUAACAGGAACUGGAAGUCGGGCUUUGGAGGAAAUGGUUCUAAUAACAACCCCUGCUCAGAGACUUAUCAUGGGCCCUCUGCUCAGUCGGAGCCGGAGGUGGCUGCCAUUGUGGACUUCAUCACUGCCCAUGGGAACAUCAAGGCUCUGAUCUCCAUUCACAGCUACUCUCAGAUGCUCAUGUACCCUUAUGGGCACUCACUGGAGCCUGUUCCAAACCAGAAGGAGUUGUACAAUCUUGCCAAGGACGCAGUGCAGGCCCUGUAUCAAGUCCACGGGAUCGAGUACAUUUAUGGCAGCAUCAGCACCACCCUCUACAUGGCCAGCGGGAUCACCGUCGACUGGGCCUAUGACAAUGGCAUCAAGUACUCCUUCACCUUCGAGCUCCGGGACACGGGGCGCUACGGCUUCCUGCUGCCGGCCUCUCAGAUCAUCCCCACGGCCCAGGAGACGUGGCUGGCGCUUCGGACAAUCAUGGAGCACACCCUGAAUCACCCCUACUAGCAACAGCACUGAGGGCAGAGCGGGAGCAUUCAUUUCCUACCCCCAGGCCUGAGAGGCUCCUCCUGAAGCCCAAGUUGUAUAUCCUCUUCCCCACACACUCACCCUGGCCCCUUAGCAAAUAAAUACGAGUUUGAACAGGCUUGGCGGCCUCUGGUGCUGGCCACCGAUGCCUUUGGGCAGCUUGAAAUGCCUCUUCACACCUCAGGAAUUCAGGAGGCUGAGGGGGCUAGCAGACCUCGUAUUUCUUCCUCCUGCAAUGUUCUCCAGGCCCAGAACAGAUAACUCAGUCUCCGGGAGCUGAGACACAUAGACACAUUGUCCCCUUGGUGUUUAUACUCUAAGAUGAUCCUGGAGGGGACAAUGUUUGAGCAAAAGGAUUGGGUCUCCAGUGGUGGCGUUUCUGGCACCAUGAGGGAUAGGUGGGUACAGACCGGCGACUUCGUCCACUUCCUGUUUCAUUUCCCAUACUGUGUAGACAGGCAGGGGCACAUUUCAGUGGCUCCCAUUUAGAAGAUCCCAUUCAUCCUCUAAGGGAAGACUGAGCACCCUCCCAGUCUCCCCUGGUCUCGGGGGCAGAGUCACAGCCAGUCAGUGGCAGCACAGCAAAGCAUCACACAUCCAGGAAGAGGAGUCCUCUUUCUCCUUUACCCAUAGUCACCAUGGUUGUCAGGCACCGAGCAGUUAGUCCAGGGCAGGCAUUUACUAAGUAAGGACUCUAUUUAAAGGAGAGAAGGGGAUGAUAUUUUGAGAUACAAAUGAGGUGCCCUCCACUGCAUCCGGAAGCUCCUUAUAGCUUUUGUCUUCCUCCACCUUUGGGGAGCAGGGAUGGUGGGCCUAUUUGUCCUGCCCUCAGGGGGAGGCAGGUACUCUGAAGAAGCCACAUGGGUUUGUGUCAGUCUGAGGCAGAAAACAAGACUUUCAUUCACAAGGGCCAGACUUUUGUUGUUUCUGUUGCAAAAGAAAAGAAUUGUGGGACCUGUGAUUUGGUCCCUGAGGACACAUGGCACAGGGUUUUACUAUAAAUCACAUAUAGGAUAUGGAAGAAAGCAGGGUGAAAUAAGAACAAGUCUCCCUUUCUACCCAACCUGUAAAAGAAGACAGAGGUCGACUCAGUGGAAGGCGGGGAUCGGCAGUGAUGAAAAAUCUCAUAAGUAAGGCCCAUGUCCAGUGUGGCAGCUGAGCAGCAGACUGAGGAUGGCUAAGUAAGGGGUCUAGAUAGGUGAUAAAAGUGUACCUGUGGGGGUACCCAUAGUGCUGGGCACAUCCGAGCAGCACAGCUGUCGAGAGCGCUAAGCAAAGACAUGGUGAGGAGGUCUGGGGUAGAGGCAAGAAGGCUGAACCCAGGGGCUAUGCCGUCAGUGGCCAUGGUGGCACAGUGGCCAGGGGAUACCUGUGCCUACGACCAGCUGUGCCAUGAGGAUGCCUGAGGAAGUCACUGAGGUAAUGAACACCUGAAGAGCCCAGAUCUCCUCCAGGGGCAGAGCCAACAAGGGAGGAGGAGAGCGUGCCAGUUUGGGCUGCAGUUCCUCAAAAGAGGCGGAAUUGUUUUUGAGCUGGAAGUGAUUUGAACAAGCUAGAAUUUCCAAGCUCAAGUUUUCUCUAUUAGUGGAAAUACAAGGCCAUGGGCUGAAUUCGU